GAUUCUCCACGUUUGUUUUUGUUAUCAGAAAGUUUACUGUGCCAAAGUUUGGGGUAUGUGGAGCGUUUCAGAUCAGCAUUAUCUCGUAAAGCAAUGUAUUUCCGUCAAACCUUAAGUUGACUUAGUUUACCUGAAACCCCGUGUGUCGCCCACUACUCACCGGAAAUAAAUACAUAUCGUCGCCUCUGUUAUUAUCUGUAAAAGUGACCGUGUUUUCGCUAAAAGGCCUGUUAGUCUGAUGAACAAGAGCUCACCGUGGCUUUAACGGAGAAACUUGACUUGAAACCAAGCACGACUUUCGGAUUUAACCCAGCACGUUUUGUCUGGAAACGCAACAAGAAGUUGAGCUGGGUGGUUCUAACACUAUGUAUGAAGAGACCUGGAGCAUCUCCAAGGCUGAACUGACACACCGUAGUUACAGAACAAAGCACAAGUAAUGGACCUGGCUGAGGAGAAGCCGGAUCCUGCUGCCAUCGCGGCUCAUGGCUCUACUCUGGAUCGUCCGCAGGUUGUGAACCCUCUACCCCCUGAGGUGACGAAUCCCAACAAGCCAGGCCGAAGGACCAACCAGCUGCAGUACAUGCAGAGCAUCGUGAUAAAGGCACUAUGGCGUCACCAGUUUGCCUGGCCUUUUCAUCAACCGGUUGAUGCGGUUGCUCUUGGACUGCCAGACUAUCAUGAUAUCAUAAAAUCUCCCAUGGACCUGGGAACCAUAAAGCAACGACUAGAAAACAACUAUUACUGGAGUGCCUCUGAAUGUAUGCAAGACAUCAACACUAUGUUCACUAACUGCUACAUCUACAAUAAGCCUACAGAUGACAUAGUGCUCAUGGCUCUGGCUUUGGAAAAGAUUUUCUUGAAAAAAGUUGCCCAGAUGCCAGAAGGGGAAGUGGAGCUUUUACCUCAUGGCAGUAAAGUGAAGGUCAAAAAAAGUAGCAUUCCAGGUAGACAAGAUGGAACUGGGAUGACAAGUUCAUCAGUCAAACAGUCAUCACAGAUUGCCAUGAAAAAGAAGAAAGUGCUUAAGAGGAAGGAGUUCGACGAUGCUGAUUUGCCCUCAGAUGGUUAUCUAUCAGACAGCAAGAGGAGGCGUGAAGGAGCCGAUCGAGCCCUGGGUUACACAACGAAUGACUCUGAAGAAAGGGAGACACUGGAACAAGAGGCUACACAGGGCAGACUGAGUGAACAGCUCAAGUACUGCAACGAUAUCUUAAAGGAAAUGCUCUCGAGGAAACACUGGGCCUACGCGUGGCCUUUCCGCAAUCCAGUGGAUGCUGAGGCGCUGCAGCUCCACGAUUACCACGACAUCAUCAAGUAUCCCAUGGAUCUCAGCACCAUCAAAAAAAAGAUGGACAGACGGGAGUACAAGGAUGUGCAAGCCUUUGCUGCGGAUGUUCGAUUGAUUUUUUCAAACUGCUACAAAUACAACCCUCCAAACCUUGACGUUGUCGCUAAAGCUAAAAAACUUCAGGGUGUGUUUGAGCAGAGGUUUGCGAAGAUGCCCGAGGAGCCCGUGUAUAUUUCACCAUCGGCCACUUUGUCCAGUAAGACCUGCGAUAAGUCCGAGUCUGCAGAGCAAAAUGCCAGUCGACUCGCUGAGUUGCAGGAACAGGUGGGUAUAAAACAGCUCAAAGUCGUUCAUGACCAGCUCACUGCACUCUCUGAAGCCCCUGUGAAUAAACCGAAGAAGAAGAAAGAGAAGGAAAAGAGAGAGGACAACUCCAGCUGCUCGUGGAGGGGAGGCAGGGACUGCGAUUCGGACGAUGACUCAUUGCCAAUGACGUACGAUGAGAAGCACCAGCUGAGCCUGGACAUCAACAGGUUACCCGGCAUGAAGCUGGGUCGAGUGGUGCACAUCAUUCAGACACGGGAGCCCUCGGUGUGCGACGCCAACCCAGACGAGAUUGAGAUCGACUUUGAGAUACUGAAGCCGUCCACUCUGCGGAAACUGGAGCAGUAUGUCAAGUCGUGUCUGUACAAGAAGUUCAGGAAGUUUCAAAAGAAAAGUGGUCGAGCUGCUUCUCACCAUCUCGGCAGCAGCAGUUCUUCAGAAUCUGCCACCAGUACUUCCACCGACUCCAGUUCGGAAAACAGUGAUUCAUAACACACCACAGCUUUUUUAUGUUCUUUGGUGAGACACAAGCUAAACUUUUUUUUGUUUUGUUUUUUUACUUUUAUACAUUUUAAAUUAAACUACUUGCACUUUUGAUCUGUGUUCAGU